CUCUCUCUCUCUCGGCCAUAACGCAUAUUCGGAGCAUCCGGUUCAAGAACAAGAACUCCUGGGUACGACGUUUACGCCUACGGUGCUUUCAUACAUCCAUGGUGACCGUCCAUAGCUGGUUAAAAAAGCAGUCGAAGUAGCUCAUUUUUGCCGCGAUCAACGACGUGCAUGGCAAUAAUUAUUUCACUCUAUAGUAUCCCCACUACUCUUUAAAAAUUCCGCCCAAAAAGAAAAAGGGAUCCAUCCCCAGCUUUGGGCUUUCUGCACACGCUUACAACUACCCAGAAGGCUUAGGGAAGGCUCUCUACCGAGAGCCGUUUGACUUCAACGCCGAGCCUCCUUGGGAUCCCAGCUGAUAGUGGAUGAGCUCCAUCACCGGACUCCUCCAUUUGUUUGCAUCUAGCACCCCAAGGGCUGAAGAAGGGCCAAACCAGAAAGACCUGGACCUCUCCGUAUCACACAUGUUUGUUGGACAAGCGGAGGUCAUUUGACAAGAUGAAAGGACUAUAUGACGAACCGCAGUACUCCAUCGACCUGCUGGACGGAGGCACGCUCCUCCAGCAUGUUGUCGACAACCACAUCUCUGAACAGUCCCUGGCCGACAAGAAUGCGUUUUUUGUGGCGGAUCUGGGAGCCGUAAUGCGGCAGCAUGUUCGCUGGCGAGCCUGUGUGCCCCAGAUUCGGCCCUACUACGCUGUCCGAUGCAACAGCAGCCCGGCCCUCAUCGAAGUCCUUGCCGCCCUUGGAACAGGAUUCAUGUGCACAAACAAGUCCGAGCUGGAGAUGGUGCAGAGCCACGGCGUUCCCUCAGAGGACAUCAUCUACAGCGGCGGUUGCAAACAGCUCUCCCACAUCAAGUACGCCGCCAAAUGCAGCGUGGACCUCCUCGUGUGUGAUAACGAGGCGGAGCUACGCAAGAUCGCCCGCUGUCACCCGCGUGCCAAGCUGCUGCUGCAGGUGCUGACGGAGGCGUCCGGCAGAGGGGAGGAGAUGAGCAUGAAGCUGGGCUGUUCCCUGAAGGAUUGCAGACGCCUGUUGGAGAGGGCCAAGGAGCUGGGCGUCCAGGUGGUGGGAGCCAGGUUCAACAUCUCCAGCUGUGAUAACGAGCAGGCAUACGCUAACGCCAUCUCUGACGCCCGGUGCGUGUUUGACAUGGCGGAGGACAUGGGGUUUACUAUGAACAUCUUGGAUAUUGGAGACGGGAUCAGUGGUUCAGAGACCCAGCUCAAACAGAUCAACAGGGCUGUAAUGUCCGUGGUUGACUUGUACUUCCCUCCUUCCACUGGGGUCUCCAUCGUGGCUGAGCUUGGCGGCUAUCUGGUGGCCCCUGCCUUCACAUUGGCCGUCAACAUCAUCUCAAAGGGUGUUGUAGCACGCGAUCUGCAGGAACUCCACCGAGACGCGCCGUCUGCCAAUGACGAGCCAGAGUUUCAGUACUACAUCAACGAGGGCGUGUACGGAUCCUUCUCCUGCAAACUCACUGACUCUGUGAUCCCAGUGCCGUUGGUUCACAAGAACAUCGCCCCAGAUGAGCCGAUGUUCAGCUGUAGCCUGUGGGGUCCAUCCGGGGACGACAUGGACCAGGUUGUGGAGCAGUGUGUGUUGCCUGAGCUCCACACGGGCGACUGGCUGGUCUUCGCCAACGCCGGGAGCUUCAGUCUGGGCCGGCCGAUGGCGGGAGGCGGGGUCACCACGCCCGCUCCCCCGGUCCACUAUGUCAUCUCCACCAGAGACUGGUUUGAGAUGCAAGAUACUGGCGUCACGCAAGAGAUCAACCUCAAGAACUUCUCUCUGGUCCCCUAUUUCUUCAAAUCCUGCCAAUCAGGGGCUGCCUUCUCUGUCCCAGCUUAGUGAUUGUUCUGGUAUACAUUUUGGAAGGACUUAAACGGACAGUGUGGCUGGAAUUUGGCUGGUUUGUUAUAGUUCGCAAACCCAAAGUAUCUGUCGGAUAAUUAUGCAAAAAAAAAAAAAGGACGAGUCAGAAAGUUAACUGAAAACGUAGCGUAUCCCGUUGUAUUAGUUAUUGAUUUAAAUUUGUCCUGUUUGCAAGAUUUAUUUCCAGUGAUUGUACUACAUGCAUUCAAUUGUGUAUUUAUAUUUAUGUGUAUUUAUAAAUUAAGGGGUUGUAUAUUUGUUUAUUUUGUCUAAAAAGCCUGAUUCCAGUAUUGCAUCUUUGCUUAGUUUUCAGCACUCAGUAAUUUCACUUCAGGGCUUAAGGCAUGACACAGCUGCACAGAUCAAAGUGCAAAUUUUUCUUCCAACUUUUGGUUGCAGUUAACUGUAUCCAAUUGUGCCUCAAUGGGGAAACAUUGUGAAGAAUGAGCACGUUAUGCAGCAUGAGAGCUGUCUCUAGGGGACGCCGUGGCUAUAUACUGCUUGCUGCUCAUUUCUGGGCUAGAAGCGAGAAGGCUCACUGCUAGGUGUGCACCAAUCGACUGGUGUGUUUCAGAGUGGUAAACCGCCGAAGUGUGGCGUGCUGUCUUGGCGAGCUACCAUACUAUCGGAGGACCGGGCUGGUAAUUGCUGUACCUCAACCUUGGCAAACAAUGUUUUUUUGAUAUCUUUUUUUAAGACUAAAGAAUGUGCUAAAGGUGGCACAGGGGAUGUGAAAAGAGGCCUAAAAAAGUGCUGAUUAUUGAAGGAAAGGGACGCUUUGUAGAAGGAAUCUUUAAUCUUCCUAUAACUCUUAACAAGCUGUGUGCCAUGUUUAAUAUUUAUAAUGGCUGCUGGUUGAGCGUUCUUCUUCCUUUUUAAAUAGUGAUUUCUUGGAUUUACCAUUAUACCUAGUUUUAACUAAACAUGUUUAUCCUUUGUGAACCGGCUAACAACCAAAAGGACAAUACACGUUGUUAACCUGUAGCUGUGCGUGUCAUCAAAUUAUCAUUAUUAAAAACCUCACUGGGUUGAUUAUCAA